CUUUGACAUAAGACGACCAUGGUUGACUAAAUUAAAGUCAGCCACACACCAGCAGAAUGGCCAAACCUAAUUUUAAACUAUUUUUAUGAAUGAAAGAUUUUGUAGGAGAACCAGGAAGGCUUGCACCGAAAGGGGUGGUAUUCAUCCCCUACGCGUUUCUCCAUUCCAGAGCUUGAAGAAGAUGGUAAUCUGCACAGUGAAACCUUAACAGCUAAAUCGUUAGUGUGAAGCAACUCUAGUAUUAUUAGAUAUUAGCAAUAACACGUCAUAUAAGGAGAAAAGGGCAUCCAAUCAUUACUGAACCAUUAAGCCCGUUUUUCUUUCUCUAUAUUGAUGCGUCGUACUUCUCAUCUUCUCUCUCACCUUCGCUGCUUUUCUCUUCGCUCUACUGCCCCUGCCUCUCUCUGCGGCGGCAAUGUGGACUUCUUAGCACAUUUUCACUCUUGCAGGCCCAAGUUUGAAAACUGGGCAGAACCUUACUCCGAUGGCUAUCGCAAACUUGAAGCAGAUACCACCAAUUAUCAGCUCAUUGGGGAAAGAUGGUCUUCAGCUGUUUCCUUUGGAUUCCGUGGUCUAUAUCCCGGGAGCUCUUCGCUCAAGGUCACAUCUUUGACUCCCGUUAAAUUGAACCUGAAUCAUCGGCUCUUCCUAAGGCACUGCUUCUUGACUAGAGCUAAAAGGAAGAUUACGGAGAUAGAAGUUGAAGAUCAUGGUCAGAGAGCUGUAACGACUGCAUUAUGGUGCAACUUCCUAGUCUUCUCUCUCAAGUUUGGGGUCUGGUUCGCUACCUCUAGUCAUGUUAUGCUUGCUGAAAUGGUGCAUUCAUUAGCAGAUUUUGCAAACCAGGCACUUCUUGCAUAUGGAUUAAGCAGUUCAAGGCGUGCCCCCGAUGCUCUCCACCCAUAUGGUUAUUCUAAGGAAAGAUUUGUUUGGUCUUUGAUAUCUGCUGUUGGCAUUUUCUGUCUUGGCUCUGGUGCUACUAUAGUUAAUGGAGUUCAAAACCUGUGGACUGCACAGCCUCCUACUAAUAUUGGAUAUGCAUCACUGGUGAUUGGUGGCUCAUUCUUCAUCGAAGGGGCUUCUCUGCUUGUGGCAAUACAAGCUGUCAGGAAAGGUGCAGCUGCAGAAGGAAUGACAAUUAGAGAUUACGUUUGGCGUGGCCAUGACCCCACAUCUGUUGCCGUCAUGACAGAGGAUGGUGCUGCAGUUACAGGCCUAGCCAUUGCUGCUGCUUCAUUGUAUGCAGUGAAUAAAACAGGAAAUCCAAUAUAUGACCCCAUUGGUUCCAUCAUUGUUGGCAACCUUCUUGGAAUGGUGGCUAUAUUUCUGAUUCAGAGGAACCGUCAUGCUUUGAUUGGUAGAGCAAUUGAUGACCAUGACAUGGAGAGAGUUCUUCAAUUCUUGAAAAACGAUCCAGUUGUCGAUGCUGUCUAUGAUUGCAAAAGCGAGGUGAUUGGACCUGGAUUUUUUAGAUUCAAAGCAGAAAUUGAUUUCAAUGGGGUGGUGCUGGUGCAAAAUUAUCUUGAAAGAGCAGGACGUCAGGAGUGGGCUCGACAGUUCCAAGAGGCUGCAAAGGAGAAGGACGAUACUACAUUGCUCAUACUCAUGUCAAACUAUGGUGAGGAAGUGGUGACAGCAUUAGGCAGUGAAGUUGAUCGCCUAGAAAAGGAGAUCCAGGACAUAGUGCCUGGCAUUAAGCAUGUCGAUAUUGAGGCGCAUAACCCAAUUUGAUCACCCAAUUUAUUACUUUAAUUUGAAGAGGUAGAAUUUUCCUUAUUCAUUUGCCUCCUAGAACCUGUUAAUAUUUCACACAAACAAUUACUUGAUCACCUACGGGUGUAUAUAUGUAAAAAAAUACUUCCUUUUCAGUAUGAAUUAGUCGUGGGGAUGGGGAGUUAUCCCAUCC